CGGGCGGGCGGUCGGUCUCCCUCCUCCUCCUGCUCCUGCUCCUGCUCUCGAGAGCGCGCCCAGUGAGCGGGGCUAGUGGAGAGCGGAGCCGCCCAGCAGCAGCCUCAGCAGCCUCGGGGUGUAGUAGCCGCCCGGCAGAGAUUGCUCCCAGGCAGCAGCAGCAGCAGCAGCAGCAGCAGCAAGCAAGGGCGCCCCGUUAGUGCCAAGGCAAGAGGAGGAGGAGGAGGGCUGCUAGGAAGCGCGCCAGUGGCCCCGACCCUUUCGCAAAGGUUCCCGCUGCUGCCUCUCCUGCUCAGCGCCCUCGCCCUGGUCGCCUUUGGCUGGCGAUGCCGGCUUCUCCUUGGAAUGCAAAGCCCUGCUGCACAGGAUGAAACCAGCAGGUCAAUCUUCCAGGAUGCCAGAGGAAAGUUCCCCACGAAAGACUCCCCAGAAUGUCCCUUAUCAGGACCUUCCUCACCUGGUCAAUGCCGAUGGGCAGCACCUCUUCUGCAGAUACUGGAAGCCAGCCGCCACACCAAGGGGUCUGGUGUUCAUUGCUCAUGGUGCUGGAGAACACUGCUGUCGUUACGAUGAUUUGGCCCAGAUGCUGACAGGGAACAACUUCUUGGUAUUUGCUCAUGAUCAUGUUGGCCAUGGGCAGAGUGAAGGAGACCGUAUGGUUGUGUCAGAUUUCCAUGUGUUUGUCAGAGACUGCUUGCAGCACAUUGACCUAAUGAAGAAAGAUCACCCAGGCCUUCCUGUGUUUCUUCUAGGGCACUCUAUGGGAGGAGCCAUCGCCAUCCUCACCGCAUGUGAAAGACCAACUGAAUUUACAGGGAUGGUAUUAAUUUCUCCUUUAGUAGUUGCAAGCCCUGACGUAGCAACACCAAUCAAGAUUUUUGCAGCUAAAGUGCUUAACCUUGUCUUGCCAAAUUUGUCCUUGGGAACAAUCGAUCCAUGUGUGGUAACACGGAAUAAGAUAGAGGUUGACUCUUACGCCUCAGACCCCCUGGUCUAUCAUGGUGGCAUGAAAGUCUCCUUCGUCAUCCAACUGAUUAAUGCCAUUGCCAAAAUUCAGCGAUCUAUUUCCAAACUGACUCUUCCCAUCCUGGUGCUCCAUGGCUCACCUGACAAACUCUGCGAUAUCAAGGGCUCCUAUUUGCUAAUGGAUACUGUAUCAAGUCAGGAUAAAACACUCAAGGUAUAUGACGAAGCUUAUCAUGCCCUCCACAAAGAGCUUCCUGAGGUGACUACUUCUGUUUUUACAGAAAUACAAACAUGGAUUUUGCAGAAACUUUCGGCAGCCGAAGAAGCCCACCAUUCUUAAGAGAAGCCACUCUGUCACCUUCUUAAAUGAUGGCUAGGAUAUUCUGGGAGGGGGAGACCUCUUUUAAUUUUUUUCUACAACCUAGGGGGAGGGUACAAAAUCUCUUAAAGGGACUCCUGAAAUAUAUUAUUUUUAAACAGAAA